AUGGGUUGCACUUUCUCUCGCACUUCCUCCACUGAGGAUAUCCGCAAGAGCGUCGACAAAACUCCAGGUACAACAUUUCAUCGAUUACAGAAACUAAAACGUGAAUUCAGAAAUGGUUGCAAAAAAGUCGGCUCCGACGAACCGUGCUCCGUCGCAGGAGCUCCGCAGUGCUCACAACGGAAACAUUCUUCAGAUAGCUGGAAAACCAAUAAUGUGAGUAGUAGAGGACCAUUACGUCUUACUGUGAUUGGGAGUUCCAUGUACGAGAUGCUCUCAGGUUCCUCAUAAAACCAAAAAUCCAUUUUUCAAUUGUUUGGAAAAGCCUGCAAUUCACGCUCUUAACUGGGCUUUAGAGGAACUGGAAGAGAAAUCAAAAACCGACGCAAAAAUAGGAACUACAAGUUGGGAGGGGAAAUGGGGAACGUUUCUAUCUGGAUGUAUCCACAUCGUUUCAGUGAGGUCGAGAGUGCCAGCCAAGCCGACUUCUUCCGCAUGCUGGACGACAAGAUCAAUCGGGUAGGAAGCGGGAUAAUUGAGUAAAUGCAAUAUAACCUUUGAAUGUUUAGGGAAAAGGCGGCGAGUCGGACAGUGAGAAUUGA